GUGGCCGCCUCUCUGCCACGUGGACAAAAAGUAUCUGCUUUGCUUUGCUCUGCAAUUUGCACCGAUAUUUCCUUACGCAGCUCUGCUUCCUCCUCCUCAGAUAUUUGCAUCUCCAAGGGUCCCACCCAAUCCUCAACCAGCCACGAGCAGAAUAUCUGGAGCUCACUCCCCAGCGUCCCCCGUUCCGUAUUAAAAAUCGUCGUCGUGGUUACCUUCGUCUUCGUCAUCGCAUUUCAUCUAUAGAGAUUCCUGGGGCUCCUGCGAUUCGGAAAAGGCACCGGGCUUCCGUCGACGCGAGGGAAAUGGAGGGUCAGGUCGCGAGGCGCAGGAUCAGCACGAUCGCCGGCCACUUCGUCGCCGGCGAAGAUAUCUCCGCCGCCGCUCGCGUCGUGCCUCUGAACUGCAGUGCUAGUUUAAACUCUGUGAUCCAAAGAUAUGACAACAGAAUGUACUUUGCAAGGCAAGGGUCUAGUUCACAAGGUAGUUUCAUGAGGCAGGCUUCAAUUGAUCAGCAGGUGAGACCAACUCAGCCUGGCACUUGUCAGGGCUCUUGCAAUGCUUCUGAGGCUCCAUCAUUUUCGAGGCCUUCAAGAACUGAACAAAAACUGCCAAAUUUUGGCUUAAUACAACCUAGAGCGCAGUGUUGCAACUUAACUGCAGCAGAACCAGCACCUAGCUUUGCUCGGCCAAACAGAAGAGUCAGUAGACAAAAGCAAUCCAAUUUGAAGAAGAAAGUUGAUCCUCUAAACUCCAGGGGGGCUAGAUGGUCCCCACGAAUGGAUGUGGUAGAAUCAGAACGCAAUUAUGUUCUGACUGUGGAAGUUCCUGGAGUUAGCAGCAAGGAUAUCAGAGUGGAAGUCAGUGACCAAAAAUUGACUGUGAUGGGAAUGCGUCAGCCUUGGCAAGUAUCUGGCUUUUCAAAUGAAUCGAUUAUGUCAUAUCACAAGAGAGAGAUCACACAAGGACCCUACCAGAUCACAUGGCCGCUCCCCACCAAUGUAAACAAGGAUAGUGUCUCGGCAGAAUUUGUGAAAACAAUUAUCUAAUGGGUUGUGGCCAUUUGGAGCAGGGAGGGAUUUCUACAGAUCAUUGUUCCUAAGCUUUGAGAAACAGCCACAGAGCAGCAUCUACAAAAGUAAAUGACUACGUCAUUGUCAUUAUCAAUAGCCAAUAUAGCCUUCUACACAUGCUCUUCAAGUAUCUCAUAGAAAAUUUACCAGCACUCUGUUGAGCUUCUUGCAUCAACUCUGUCAUUCUGUUGCUGUUCAAUGCGGAAUUACUUAGAAAAGUAAGAAACAUCAGCUAUAAAAUGAAACCUUCCUAUAAUUCCAAUCAACUGCUCGAUUUACACGGUUUA